GAAAAUGAACAGUUUGGCCCGAGGGCCGAGGCCCUGUGUCUCUUUGUAUUGUGGCCGUUUUUUGGAAAAUUCGACAAGACGGCAAAGCCCCAGCCCAAUACACGUUCCAAUUAACAGUGCUACCACCAAGAAGAACAACAACAACAACAACAUUUGGAGCAUCGAUACAACAACAAAAACAACAACAAUUACUAUAGCUGGCUGCACGUCGUCGUUCCUUGGAGGCACCACUAUCGGUAGUACUUUGGGCCGCCCGCGCAGUGCGGCCGCCCAAUCGUUUGCGUCUGCAUGGAGUCAAUGAGACGUAACGAGGCGAACACUAGCCACCACCCGAAUAAGGUGGCCCUGAAUAGCAGCAACGUAGCAGCAACGGAAAGCAAUAUUAAGAAUAAUAAAUUGUUAGCUAAUAUAAGUGCAGCGAACGCAACAGCAACAACAACAGCAUCAGCAGCAACAACAACAACCACAGCGACGGCAACGGCAGCAGCAGCAGCAAUAACAACAACGAAUCAAACGUUGAAUUAUAAUAACAAAGUGAAGGUAGCGAAUAAUCAGCAAAGCAACAACAACAACAACUCAAUCAGGAAACAUACGAAUGCAAAAUUAAGCAGUAAAGGAGCAGGAACAGGAGCAUCAAAUUCGCAUUCCUCUUCAUCAUUAUCAUCCUCAUCGAGUAGCUCCAAUUCAAGCGAAUCGAAGGAUACAAAUUUUGAAUACGAGGACGAGUGGAACAUUGGCGGAAUACCAGAGUUGUUGGACGAUCUAGACGCGGAUAUUGAAAAAUCAGCAGCGCAUUCGGUUACGGGUACUGGUACGGGAUCGGGUUCGGGUGGUGGCAACCAAGCUACCUCGAUAAAUGCUAAACAUCAGCAGGCAUCAGCAUCAGCAGGCAAGAUCAGUGCAUCAUCCACAUCCGCCUCAGGGACACACAAGACGCACAAGACUCAAUUGCAUAGCAACUUGUCGGCCACAUCGCCAACCACAAUUAAAUUUACACGCCAACCCAUACCCACCUCCCAUUCAGGAGUUGCAGCAACGACAGCAUCCACAGCAUCAUCAUCAUCGUCGUCAUCAUCAUCUGCAGGAGCGACUGGGGCAGCAUCUGCCAGUAGCUCAAGCAACCUGGUGGCUAAAGGAUCUUCCUCCUCAUCGUCGUCGUCUUCCUCGUCGUCGUCGUCGUCAUCGUCAUCAUCGUCGUCCGGCAAGCACCAUCACCAUCACCAUCAUCACAGUAACAGCAACUCCAAAGGCUUUAAAUCCGCUUUAGUAGCCCAAUUGAAUAGUCCAAGUUCUGUGAGCAAUAACAAUCACGUCCAGAGCGGCGGCGGCGGUGGAAGCAGCUCCUCCUCCUCGUCGUCCUCCUCCAAAGCUAGCACUUUGUCGUUAUCGACAUUCGCUGGUUUCUCCAAGGGAGGUAAUCUGGUCUCCUCCUCAUCAGCAACCGCAACAGGGACAUCAAGUGGGCCGGGUCAGCAGCAGGCCGCCUCGAAAUUCUCCGCUGGCGGCAUGUCCUCGCAAACGGGCGGCAACACAAACACCAAUAGCAGCAGCAGCAACAACAAUAACAACAGCAGCAGCGGAGCAUCUGGUGGAUCUGGGUCUGGUUCAGCCGGUGGCAGUGGCAACUCUACCACCAAUAGUAACAGCAACAACAACAAUAGCACAGCGGGCAGCGGAGGAAUUGGUGGUGGUCAAGUCGGUGGCCAGAGUUCACAAGGCGGCAGUAGCAGCAACAGCAGCUCCAGCUCCUCCAGUGGAAAAUCGAACGCAAAAAUGUCCAUUGAUCAUCAGGCUACGCUCGACAAAGGUUUAAAAAUGAAGAUCAAACGCACUAAGCCGGGCACCAAGAGUUCCGAGGCCAAACACGAGAUAGUGAAGGCCACCGAUCAGCAGCAGAACGGUGCCUUGAGCGGCGGCGGCGGCGGCAACUCAUCGGGUUCGUCCGUAUCCGGGUCCGCUUCCAAUGAGGAUGGCGGAGGCGGCGCCGGCAACAAUUCUUCGGGUGGUGGCUCCAAUCAAGCGUCUUCCCUCUCAUCCAGUAAUUCCUCAAGCAGUGCUAGCAGCGGCAAUUCAUCUAACAGCAACAAUAGUGGAAGCGGUGGCAACUCAGGUUCAUCCGGCAGUGGGAGCAGCAGUAAAAAACAUUUGAACAAUGCUUGUUCUAGCAGUGGAUCUGGUUCCUCAUCAUCCUCUUCGAGUGGUGGCGGCGGCGGCGGCGGAGGCAGUGGUCAGAAUAGUACUGGCCACGGCAGCAGUUCCACCAGCAACUCCUCUAGCAGCACACAGUCCACACCCCAGGGCACCAAACGUGGCAGUUCUGGCCACAGACGAGAGAAGACAAAGGAUAAGAACGCACAUUCCAAUCGCAUGUCCGUGGACAAAUCCGCAGCGGCCGCCUCGGCAGCCGGAGAAAAGGACACGCCGGAGAAAAACUCUUCGUCCGGCGCUUCUGCUGGAUCGGCCUGCUCUUGCAGUGGGGAAGUGGGAUCACCUUGCUCCCAUCAUGCUUGCAUACGACGCGCCAUCCACAUGUCCACUUCCAAUUCCAGCGGGGGCAGUGGCUCUAACGUGGUAAACUCCUCUGCCUCUGCCUCCAUGUCGGCGGUGCCUCCGGGAGUGUUUACACCAUCGGCUGGUUCACCGGCAGCUGUGGUGUCCGCCUCUCUAUUGGCAGCCACAGCUGGUGGUGGGGCCUCUUCCUCCGUUAACUCCUCCAACUCGCAGUCUGGCAGCAGCGGAGCUGGCAGCUCUGGACCGAAUGCUCCCGGGCCGCCGGGUAAGGAGUCCUCCAUUAAAAUUUCCUCACACAUUGCUGCUCAAUUGGCGGCGGCAGCCGCUUCCAACAGCUACUCUGGUGGUGGUGGUGGGCAAGGCAGCAACUCCAGCCAGAGCAGUUCCGGGGGCGGCGGCGGCGGUGGAAACAGCUCCGGCUCUGCGGACAACAAGGCAGCUGCCGCGGCCCAGGCAAAGCUUAUGGCUCCCGGCAUGAUCUCAGCCACCAUGCACCACACAAUCUCAGUGCCAGCCGGUUCAGCUGGCGAUGAGGAUACUAAAUCCCCGCCAGCCAAACGGGUAAAGCAUGAGCAAGGCAAUGGUUCAUCUGGUGUCGGUGGAUCCACUGCCAGUAACAAGGAAAUGGUCGACAUCUGCAUUGGCACCUCGGUGGGCACCAUUACCGAGCCCGACUGCCUGGGUCCCUGUGAGCCGGGCACGUCGGUCACCCUCGAGGGCAUCGUUUGGCACGAGACUGAGGGCGGUGUUCUCGUCGUAAAUGUGACGUGGCGUGGCAAAACCUACGUGGGCACCUUGCUCGAUUGCACCCGACACGAUUGGGCUCCUCCAAGAUUCUGUGAUUCACCAACUGAAGAAUUAGAUUCUCGAACUCCGAAGGGACGCGGUAAGCGCGGACGCAGUGCGGGCUUAACGCCCGAUCUGAGCAAUUUCACCGAAACCAGAAGUUCGAUUUACUUCUCCCAUGCUCAGGUGCAUUCGAAACUACGCAAUGGCGCCACAAAGGGGCGUGGGGCGACGCGUAGUGCCUCGGGGAAUGCGGCGGCGAAUAAUAACAUUAACAGCGGCUCGUCGUCUGGCGGUGGCAAUGGUGGUGGUGGUGGUGGUAAUGGAGCCACGCCCAGUACAUCACCCACUGCUUUUCUGCCGCCGCGUCCUGAGAAGCGUAAAUCGAAAGAUGAGGCCCCCUCGCCGCUUAAUGGUGAUGCUGGGGAUGGAGCGGGCGGAGCCGGUGCCGGCGGAGUGGGGGGCGUCAAUAUGGUGAAUGCCAGUGGAAUUCCCAUAUCGGCCAGCGGCGGUGGCCUGGCCACACAGCCGCAGAGCCUGCUCAAUCCGGUGACUGGACUCAAUGUGCAAAUCAACACAAAGAAAUGUAAGACUGCCUCGCCCUGCGCGAUCUCUCCGGUAUUGCUCGAGUGUCCCGAGCAGGACUGUAGCAAGAAAUACAAGCAUGCCAAUGGCCUGCGCUAUCAUCAGUCGCAUGCCCAUGGUGCUGGCGGCGGCGCCUCAUCCAUGGAUGAGGAUUCCAUGCAAGCACCUGAAGAGCCAGCAACGCCGCCCUCUCCAGCAGCUGCAGUGCCAGUGGCGGCGGCGUCCGGAACAUCGGCGGCGAGUGCGGCAACACCAGCAGUCACGCCCACCUCAGCACCACCCACCGCCAUCAGCUCGGCGGUGACCAAUGGAACGGUAUCGGCGUCAGCGACAGUUACAACGACAGCGCCAACUGCUGUGUCCUCCUCUGCCACGACGGAAACGACAGCAGCCAGCUCAGCAAUGUCAACUGCAGCGGGACCAUCAACAACAGCUUCUCCGCCAGGAACGCCGAUUACCACAACAGGAGGAGUAACUGCACCAGUAGCCGCAGAGGUUGUCACCCCAGUUUUACCCAAUCUUCCAUUGGCUGUCACACCAGCAACAGUAGGAACAGUCGCUCCAACGGCACCAGGCGUUCCGCCCUCAACAUGCCAAACCCAACCACAGGCACCGCAGAUGCUUACGCCCACAGGUAAUCAACCGAUAGCUGGUGGUAGCAUCACCGCUGGCAUUUCUGGCCAAGCUCUGUCUCAACAUCAGCAGCAGUUGAUGGGUGGUUUGCUUUCGGACCAGCAGCAGCAGGCCUUAAUACAACAGGGAGCAUUGAAAGCGGGCGUCUUGAGAUUUGGUCAACCAGAUACUGGUUCGUUGCAUCCACAGGCACCGCAGCAGGCACAGCAAACGGGACCGGCGAUAAAUCCGCAGACACAACAGUCUCCGCCUCGACCAGAGGCACCAACUGGCUAUGCCCAGCAGCAGGCUGGCAUUAAGACUUCGCCUCCAUUUGGAGCGGUGGCAUCUGUUGCAGCCGCCAGCAAGCAGAAGAAGAAUCGCAAGUCCCCUGGUCCGGGUGACUUCGAUGGUCGAGUUUCUCGCGAGGAUGUGCAGAGUCCGGCCUAUAGUGAUAUAUCGGACGAUUCGACUCCGGUGGCCGAACAGGAUCUGCUGGACAAGACAAACAAGCACAUCGACCUGUUGGUCAAGAAACCGCCAGAGGUGGUGGGUGUGGUGCCCCAAACGCCCACAUCCCAAAUGCCUGGUCUGGGUGGCUAUGGAAUGUAUCAAUUCUAUCCGGCAGCCCAGCCCCAAGCACCUCCUCCUCCCCAACAGCAGCCGCAGCAGUAUUUGGUUCCAGAUUCUGGAAAGCCGCCAGGUCUUCCGCCCAGUCUUGCCCAGGUACAGCAGCAGCAGCAACAACAACAACAGCAGCAGCAGCAACAACAACAACAACAACAACAAUUGCAGCCUGGAGCUCCUCCACCAAAUAGCCAAUCCCAGCCACAACAUUUACUUGGACCGCCUCCCAAUCAACAGGCAGUUGCCGCCCAUCUGGCAGACUACAGCAACAAGAACAAGGAUCCGCCUCUGGAUCUGAUGACCAAACCAUCUCCCGGACAACAGGUGGGCGCACACCAACAGCAGCAGCAGCAGCCAGGACAGCCGGAUAACAAUGGCAAGGAAAGCAGCUCAGUAGGAGGAGCACCACCACCGCCGCAAACAUCCCAAGCGGGCAGUCAACCACCACCUGUGAAUCUCAGUGCAGUGGCCGGUCCUCCGCCUGGAUCCCUGCCACCCGGACUGGGAGGCCUUUCGGCACUUGGAGCAGCCGGCUUGGCUGGUCCAGGUCCAGGAAAGGGAAUACCCCACUUUUAUCCAUUCAACUUUAUUUCGUCUAGCUAUCCGUACAAUGUGGAUCCCAAUUUCGGACCCGUUUCCAUAGUUGCUUCCGAGGAGGCGGCCAAAUUGGGCAGUCAUCCGGGAAUGCCACCUAGCUCACAAGCCCAACAGCAACAACUAGCUGGAGUUAGCAUCAAGGAGGAGCGUCUGAAGGAGAGUCCCAGUCCGCAUGAGAACCCCAAACACAUGCCGCCGCAGCAGCAACUUCUGGCCAAUAAACUUAUUAAGCAAGAACCGAUGGUUAAACAGGAGAUCAAACAGGAGCACAACUCGAAUCCUGGCCAGCAGCAUCAGCCGCCGUCUGUGCAAUCUCAGCAACAGCAGCCACAGGGACCGCCACCUCAACCCCAGCAACCUCAUGCUCUGCAUCCGAAAGAUUUACAGGCAUUGGGAGCUUAUCCCAGCAUUUAUCAGAGGCAUCCAAUGAGUCUGGCGGCGGCACGCGAGGAGGAGCUAAGAAGAUACUACAUGUUUUCGGAUCAGCAUCGUCGUCAGAAUCAAGCGGCAGCUGCUGCUGCCAGUGCGGCAGGUGGUCCUGGUGGCGGACUGCAGCCACAUCCGGGAAUGAUGCACAAGGACGACCAGCAAUCGCAGCAGCAGCAGGCCCAGCAACAGGCUCAGCAGCAGGCACAACAGCAGCAACAACUUUCCAUUGCCCAGCAGCAGCAGCAAGUACUGCAGCAACAUCACCAGCAUCUUCAGCAACAACAUCAGCAACAGCAGCAACAACAACAACAGCAACAGCAGCAGCAACAACAGCAGCAGCAGCAGCAACAGCAGCAGCAACAACAACAGCAGCAACAGAAGCUAAAGCAGUCACAACAGCAGCAGAAUCAGUCGGGUCCGGGAAGUAAUAAGGCCACCAAUUUGACCAAGGAUUCGCCCAAGCAAAAGCAAAACUCCAACGAAGAGGAGCAACAGCUUAAGGUGAAACAGGAGGGACAGAAGCCCACAAUGGAAACCCAGGGACCGCCUCCACCACCCACGUCGCAAUACUUUUUGCAUCCCUCGUAUAUUUCGCCCGCCCCAUUCGGCUUUGAUCCGAAUCAUCCCAUGUAUCGGAAUGUUUUAAUGUCGGCCGCAGGACCAUACAAUGCUCCGCCCUACCAUCUGCCUAUUCCACGGUACCAUGCACCCGAGGAUCUGUCCCGGAAUACGGGCACCAAGGCACUGGAUGCACUGCAUCAUGCGGCUAGCCAAUACUAUACCACGCACAAAAUCCACGAGCUUAGUGAGCGAGCUCUCAAGUCGCCCACCAGCGGCAGCGGCCCCGUCAAGGUGAGCGUCAGCAGUCCCAGCUUAGGACCACCACAGCCAGGAGGAGGCGGUGGACCAGGCGGCGGGCCAUCUAACAGUGGCCCCGGGUCCGGUCCAAACGUACUCAUGGGCGGUGGUAAUGGACCAAAUCAGAGCGGUUCAAAUCCUGGGUCUGCAGGCGGAGGACCGCUGAAUCUACAGCCACCUCCAGGAGGAUUGGGCUCGGGUGGGGCCAGCAACAAACCCGAUCUGGCCGGCCAGAAGCCCCACGGUGUGUCGACGGUACCAGCGCUGGACGCCCACAAGCAACCAUUAUCAAGUAGUGGUGGGCCAGGCGCACCAGGCGGCGGGCCACCCGGUAAUGGAUCCGGCGUGCCCGGAGGAGUUGGCGGUGUCGGCGGCGUGGGCGCUGGCAAUGGAGCGGCUGGCGGGGUUCAAGGUGCCGGUGCCGCCGACUCCCGAAGUCCGCCGCCUCAGCGACAUGUGCACACACAUCACCAUACCCACGUGGGACUCGGUUAUCCCAUGUAUCCGGCACCCUAUGGAGCGGCCGUUUUGGCUAGCCAGCAGGCGGCUGCUGUAGCUGUGAUAAAUCCAUUUCCGCCGGGACCGUCAAAAUGAGAACCACUGAAUGGCAGCAACGAGAAGAAGGCCUACAAUGUGAAGAACAACUAGAAGAUCUAUUUUUUAAUUGUUAUCCACUUCCCUCCCUCUCUCUCUUGCUUUGCGUGUCUCAAGUGAAUCAAAAGAUGGCGAAGACGACAAUGAUGAUGAUGAUGAAGAUGAUGAAGAUGAUGAUGAUGAUGAUGAUGAUAUGGAGGAGUUAACCGAGAAUGAUCCGAAUCGAGAAUCGACUAUUUAUAUCUAUAAGUAUUUUUUGUAUGUUUCGUUUAA